AGUAAUUAGCGCAUGGUUGUCUACUCCUCCGUCCGGCCACGUCGGGCCGGCUUCUUCGGCUCGAGGUAACGGGAUUAUCCUUCUCUUCCACGUACGUACUACCUAUGCGUCAAACUAUGGCAAUCCUCUCCAGUGAAGAUGCACCCCGAGCCGCGAAUUGUCUAUGCGCAAUCUUUGCUACCAUCCAUCGGCCACCCUUCCGCCUCGGCUUUUUUUUUCCCAGCCCUUCCGCUCGGCUGCUGCGUCCGCAGACGCGAAACCUGGUCCCGGUGCAAUGUGCGGUCUGGGUGUCGGGGCAGGUUGCCGUCCCGUUAUGCGCCGGACAGCGAGAUCUCUGCUCGGAGACGGAGAAAUCGCCGACGCCGCCGGCUCCCCGGGUGCCAGCUCCGUCCCCAUUGAUCGCUGUAUCGAGAUCAACGACUACAAGAAGAAGACAAUCCACAACAGAAGCUCCUCUAUAGAGAGUUAUGCAUCGAUACUUCAAUUCCGACACAACCUGCUCCGAGUAACCCGACCCGUUAUGCACGUCGGAUACCGUCUAACCACCCGCGCCCGAUCGGUCUCGGUUGUUUACACGCUGAGUGGAUUGCGACAUGCGGUGAGCUUCGCGCCGUCGGGAGAAUCAGUCCAUCGGCAUGUUUUCCUGCAACUUCCAAUCCAUGGGCUCGACGCUCACUUUAUUCAAGCUGAACUUGUCGUCGGUUCCAAAAUGGACGCGAUGCAAGGGGGUCUUCGACUUUCUGGGAAAUCAGGCAUGUCAGACGACGAGCAGAGAGCACCGGUCACUUGGGAAGCUCUCGUCGACGACCUAUCUCCAACCAUGACAGAGACAAGCCACGUCGCGGAGGUUCUUGCUUCCUGGGACACGAACUGGUACUCCAAGGCUUCGCUCGGGUUGCGGACACACCAUCCCAACCGAGAGGCCUCAAAGGAUACUGAAGAAGCUGCGACCACAAAGGCGACCCACACGGCCGAUGCCAAGACGGCCGUUGCGGAGCUCAUGGGCACCGAAGUCGGCCCCCGUGGGUGGGGCCACUGACGACGAGCUCGAAGUGGAGUCCGAGGAUGAUGUCGCGGCGGUCUUCCAGCUGUGUGCUCAUACUGGCGUCACGGAGUCCCUUUAUGGCGGAAGGGGUGGUAGAGAUCGAAGCCCCUCGGAAGACGUAUGAUGGGCUCAUGGAACUUGCUGUCGAGACUCGGCGCUGCAAGAUUGAAAGUCUUUCCGUUCGCCAACGUGAAUAACAACAGCAAACCUAAGAGUGGAAAGUGGAGCAGGGGGGG